AGUAUUACGAUGCCAGUUGUCUUUUGUGGCCCUUCGUUGUUAAGUGUAAUCGAACAAGCAUGGUGAAAUUCCAUUUACUAGUGCUGAUUGCGUUCACCUGCUAUACAUGCAGCGACGCAACCUUAUGGAAUCCGUACAAGAAGCUAAUGCGAGGAUCGGCGUCUCCUCGUCGUCCAGGUGAAAGUGGUGAACCUUUGUUCCUGACUCCACUGUUGCAGGAUGGCAAAAUUGAAGAGGCUCGCAACAAAGCCCGCGUCAACCAUCCCAUGUUGAGCUCAGUGGAAAGCUACUCCGGUUUUAUGACCGUUGAUGCCAAGCACAACUCCAAUUUGUUCUUCUGGUAUGUUCCAGCGAAGAACAACCGCGAACAAGCGCCCAUUCUUGUUUGGCUGCAAGGAGGUCCAGGUGCGUCAUCGCUGUUUGGAAUGUUCGAAGAGAAUGGACCGUUCCAUAUUCACAGGAACAACUCAGUGAAGCAACGUGAAUAUUCCUGGCAUCAGAACCAUCACAUGAUCUACAUCGAUAAUCCAGUUGGAACGGGAUUCAGUUUCACCGAUAGCGAUGAAGGUUACUCCACCAACGAAGAACACGUGGGUGAAAAUCUGAUGAAAUUCAUUCAACAAUUCUUCGUGCUGUUCCCCAAUCUGUUGAAGCAUCCAUUCUACAUCUCCGGUGAAUCUUAUGGUGGAAAGUUUGUUCCUGCCUUCGGUUAUGCCAUCCACAACUCCCAAAGCCAACCUAAAAUCAAUCUGCAAGGAUUGGCCAUUGGUGAUGGCUACACUGAUCCGCUGAACCAACUUAACUACGGAGAAUACCUGUAUGAGCUGGGCCUGAUCGAUUUGAACGGAAGAAAGAAGUUCGACGAGGAUACGGCUGCUGCCAUCGCCUGUGCCGAACGUAAGGACAUGAAGUGCGCCAACCGCCUUAUCCAAGGUCUGUUCGAUGGACUCGAUGGACAGGAAUCGUACUUCAAGAAGGUCACCGGAUUCUCGUCCUACUACAACUUCAUCAAGGGAGACGAGGAGAGCAAACAGGAUAGUGUCCUGAUGGAAUUCCUCAGCAACCCGGAGGUACGUAAGGGCAUCCACGUUGGUGAGCUGCCAUUCCACGAUUCCGACGGUCACAACAAGGUCGCGGAAAUGCUGUCUGAAGACACUCUGGACACCGUGGCUCCAUGGGUCAGCAAGCUGCUUUCGCACUACCGCGUGCUGUUCUACAACGGUCAGUUGGACAUCAUCUGCGCCUACCCGAUGACGGUCAACUUCCUGAUGAAGAUGCCUUUCGAUGGCGAUAGCGAGUACAAGCGGGCCAAUCGUGAGAUCUACCGCGUGGAUGGCGAAAUCGCCGGGUACAAGAAGCGGGCUGGUCGUCUGCAGGAGGUGCUGAUCAGAAACGCCGGACACAUGGUUCCGCGGGACCAGCCGAAGUGGGCUUUCGACAUGAUCACCUCGUUCACUCACAAAAACUACUUGUGAGGGAAAUGGUAAUGAUUUGGAUGAAUAAAGCUUUAAGCUGUAAUUAAAGAAA